AUGGCACACCCGUGUCUGCCGUUCAACCUUCAAAGAAGAAAGCGUUUCAGUUCGUCGGUCAGCACCCAGUCAUGGACGACGAUGAUUUCGGAGCCGACGAUGACUUUAUUCAGGCCCUUGCAGGGGUUGAUGCUGGGCCUUCGCGCAGUGCUCGGCCACAGCCGCAGCAGCAGCAGCAGCAGCAGCAGGCACAGGCCCAACGUGUAGCAGCAGGAGGAGCUUCGUCAAGGAUCCAGCAGCCGACUCCGCAGCGAGUCGACAAAGCUCCGCCGCCGGCUGCAAAUGGCGGCGCCGCCAAGAUCGUGCAGCCGACGCCGCAGGCACUCCCGUCCAAAUCGUCCGGGUCCUCGAUUCUUGUGUCGCCUAGGCAGAAGAGCAACCCUGUGCUCGAGUGGAUCAAGUCGGUGCCCUGGGAAUACAGCGAUAUUCCAGCGGACUAUGUGCUUGGCUUGACGACAUGUGCCCUAUUCCUAAGCCUCAAGUACCACAGGCUGCACCCAGAGUACAUUUACACUCGUAUCCGCAACCUGCAGGGCAAGUUCAACAUGCGCAUACUGCUCACCAUGGUCGACAUACCGAACCACGAGGAGGCGCUACGGGAGCUGUCCAAGACGUCGCUGGUCAACGACGUGACGCUGAUGUUGUGCUGGUCGUCGCACGAGGCAGCCCGCUACCUGGAGCUGUACAAGUCAUACGAGCACGCCAGCUUCGCGGCCAUCCGCGCUCCCCCAUCAACCGGCUACGCUGAGAAGCUGGUCGAGUUCGUGACGGUGCCACGCGCCAUCAACAAGUCCGACGCCGUGGCCCUGGUCAGCACUUUUGGCAGCCUGAGGAACGCCAUCAACGCCGACCCGGACCAGGUCGCUGCCGUCAGCGGCUGGGGUGAGCGCAAGGUCAAGGCAUGGUGCAAGGUGGUGGAGCAGCCGUUUAGGGUCAAGAAGGCCGGGGCCGGGAGGAAGAAGGGUCCCGCCGCGGUGCCGCUGAGGGAGAGCGUAGGUGGCAGCCGCGCGGGAGCGACGCAGCAGGCACGCAUUCCUAGCCAGACUCAGAUCUGGAACCCGAACAUCGCCGAUGUGGACGACGAGGAUGCCAUGCUCGAAGCUGCACUCGAGGAGUCGAGGAGGAUGUCUGGCAUGGAAACCAACAGUGCGGUGCAGAACGAGGAUACAAACGCUACAGAAGGAGUCGAUGACGGUAGCGGCAGCGCUGGUGCUACCGAAGCAGCUGCUCCAAAGAACAAGGAGCAGCUCAGCGACGGGAUAGCAGCGGCCUUGGCGAGGCUGCGUGAAAAUGGUUGAUGUCACUGCAUGGACAAUCUUGUCAACCAAACAGCACGCCCGGUUUUUCAACCCCUCACAACAAAGACCCCGAGGUGGCCGAUAUUUGCGGCCGAAGGAGUAUGUUGAUCUCUUCUAGUUUCGCGAGUGUGACCGCUCAACACCCCAAAGGCCGGUCACGCGCUCCCACCCCAUCCGGAAGGUGGUUUGGCCAAGUGAUGAUCUGGACAUGGCGGCUCGCCAAUCGAUUCAAGACGGGAUGUGUACUUGGCCAAGAGGGAAAUGAUAUUACAAGUGGAAGAAAGAAAUCUAAUAACAUGAGCCAGUAUAGAACCAGAAGAAUCCGUCUUGCAAUACAUCUAAUUCGUAAUUGCCAUGCGCGACUGAUGCUGGAUGCAGAGGAUUUAUCGAGGACUAACAUACCA